GGUUAGCGGAAGUACAACAAAAUGAGCUCGUAUAAACAAAGCUAGAAGACCUGCUUGUUUUCGUAACUGCAAAAAUAUUUCAGCAGUAAAAAUGUCUCCAGUUCAGCAUCUGAGAGAGUUUAUCCGAGAAAGACUAACUGCUGCAGCUGAAGAAAUCUUCACAGAGGUUGAAAAAACCAUCCUCCGCUAUGAGGAAGAAAACAGACUGAUGGAAAUCUGCAGGAAACCCCAAAUAAAUCAUCACAAAAUUGAACUCCAUGAGCAAUAUGGAUCCAGUCAGGUGGAAACUGUGGCCAUCGAACAUGGCCAUUCGUCCCGUCAUAACCAAGGUGAAGUAGUAGCCCAAUGGACUGGAAAUGAUCAGGUGGAACCAAAACAUUCCUCUCCUCUUAUUAAAGAAUUUAGGGAACCAGGACCUCUGUGUGUUAAAGAGGAAGAAGAACAUCUACUUUCUCCAUUGAUCAAAGAAGAAAACGUGGAACCCGAGUUCACAUGGGCUACAGAAAAAAAUAAGGAACCAGAUUUGCAACUGAUGGAGGACCACAAUGAGCCAAGACCUCAGUUGAGCAAAAUGGAUGAGAAGGUAGCAGAAUCUCCACAGCUUGAGUUAAAGGAAGAAAUUAAUUAUUCACUACCUAAACAUGAACAAUGGCUACUAGAACAUUUAUCUGUUACACAGAACCAGAAGGACCUACACAACAGUUGGGAGGAGGAGCAGCUUGUCCAGAAGCAGUCCAGUAGUUUGAUGGAGACUUUUACUCUUCAUGAAGAGGAUUUGCAUGAAAGAGAACCAAUAACUGAGGAGCUUUCCUUUCAAUUCUCUCAUGUAGUUGAGACUAAAGUUCAGGAAGGAUGCAGCUACAAUGGGCCUGAGACUCGGUCUCAAAUUGAGACAAACAAAAAGUCUUUCCAAUGUGACAUUUGUGGGAGAUCCUAUAUGAAUAAGUCUACCAUGAAACGCCAUUACAGAAGCCACACAGGUGAAAAACAUUUUACAUGUACGACAUGUGGAAAAAGUUUUUCUCAAAAUUGUGAUUUAAAUUCUCACAUCAGAACCCACACAGGUGAGAGGCCUUUUCCAUGUAAGACAUGUGGAAAAAGUUUCUCUAAAGUUCACAAUCUAAAGGCUCACAUCAGAACCCACACAGGUGAGAGGCCUUUUCCAUGUAUGACAUGUGGAAAAAGUUUCUCUUGUACUCGAAGUUUGAAGGAUCACAUCAGGACACAUACUGGGGAAAGACCUUUUCCAUGUAAGACGUGUGGGAAAGGUUUUUCUCGGAUGAGUAGUUUAAAAUACCACAUCAGGACUCACACAGGUGAGAAACCUUUUCCAUGUAAAAUGUGUGGAAAGAGUUUCUCUCAGAUCUGUGAUUUAAAUACUCACAUCAGAACUCACACAGGUGAGAGGCCCUUUUCUUGUGAGACAUGUGGAAAACGGUUCUCUAAAGUUUAUAAUUUAAAUGUUCACAUCAGAACCCACACCGGUGAAAGGCCUUUUUCAUGCAAGAUAUGUGGAAAAUGUUUCUCUUGUACUGGUAGUUUACAGGAGCACAUAAGAACCCACACUGGAGAGAGACCUUUUCCAUGUAAAACAUGUCCAAAAAGUUUCUCACGCUUGAGUCGUUUAAAUGAUCACAUCAGAACCCACACAGAUGAGAAACCUUUUCCAUGUUAGACAUGUGGAAAAUAUUUCCUUCAGACUGGUUAUUUAAAUGAUACUAUUACAACCCACUUGGAUGAAAAGCCUUUUCCGUGGAAGACGUGUGGAACAAGUUUAUCUCAAAGUAGUAAUUUCAAUGCUUACAAGAACACAGAAACAAUUGAGAACCAUUUAUGUCAAAUAUGUGGGAAAAGCUUUAUCGACAUUGAAUUACCACAUGAAAGAAAGCACAAUAAUGAGUAGUCCUCAUUAGACCUGACAUGCAUUUAAAAUUUAAAUUUAAACUAACUAGUAAUUUCUUUUUUUUUCUUUUUUUUUAACAAAGGAGUGCUUUACAAAGUAUGCUUAGUGUGAGGGAUUGAUAGAAAUAAACUGAAUUGAAUUGAAGUGGCCUUCUAUUCUGACAAAAAAGGACUCAUUUUCAUUUACUGGGACAAAAAGGCAGCGUUCACCGUGGCUUUGAAAGCUAAUAAACAUACAUAAACCUACAAUUCUUUAUGAAGAUUGGUUAGUUUGCAGGAUCUACUUUUAUGCCUUGUACAGUAACAAGCGACGCUGCCUAAUUUAGCUGAAUGGAAAAAGUUAGCUUUACGCUAAUUUAGGCAGUACAGAUCACUUGUCAAUGAGAAACUUUCUAACUUCGGUAUCCCGUUUAAAAUCUCUUCUUUACUAACACCUUCCACCUGAGGAAUGCUUGCUUCAUGUUCGUUCUUGGUUUUUGGUGUCUCUGGUUUUGUCGUGUUUUAAGUUCUCUUUUUCACUUUUUUUGGAGAUGGUGAAACCGUUGCUCGCUGCUUCAUAUGCACUGUUCCGCAUUACACUGCUGUAGUGCAGAUUUUCACUUGUUGGGUUAGCAUCUCCAAAUGAUCUUCAACGCCGCCUCUUAAUUACAUUGAAGUGUCUGCAAGGUAAAAAUUUAUUUUUAAAUGCAAUCUUUGAUUUCAGACAGUUAAAAAAAGAGAAAUUGUUACACAAUAUCCCUUUAAACUGGCAUGACCUAAGUUCUGAUGAUGUUAAGGCUUAAUCUGUUUUCAAUGAAAUUGUUACUGAUAGGGAAUGCAAAAUGUGGUUUUUUGGGUUUCCAUCCAGUUCUCAGGUCAGUUUUGAGCAAACUUUUCCAACUAAGUUUUUAUGUUUUAUUGUAUACUUUGUCUCAUUUUUUGUUUUCAAAUCAUUACUGCUUUACUCUAUACAUUUUAGGCUUUUGAAAAUGUUUUACUAUUUAUUUUAGUAUGUAAUUAGGUAACUAAGCUCUACUUGAAAGUGAUGUGUUGAUGUAUUAUAAUGCCGAUUUCAAAUAUGUCUCUUUGACAUCAAUACUUGGAAGCACAUUCUAAUACCCGUUUCCCAAUGGCCAAAAAACACCAAACAUGUAAGCUUGCGAACUAUCGGCUUUUAGUGGAUCUGGGAACUACUCACUGACCCGGGUCAAACAACUCAACAAGUCACUUGGGUUGAAAUCACCCUCAAAAGGCUUGGCUCUGAUCGGUAUUCAACGUCAACGCCUGUCAACAUUUGUUGCAUGUCUUUCCUCUCUGACCUCCUUAUUUCCUGUCUGUUGACUCUUAAAUAAAGGCAACUAAAAUAAUCAA